AUGGGAGAGCUUGCUCAAAUAAAAUCUAACAUCAGGUGUUUAUUAGUGUCAAAUGGAAAAGCUGGUGUCAGAUUAAGCAGUUUUAUGGCUGAAUAUGAGCAAAUGCUGGAUGAAACUUUUCAAUUUAAGAAUCUUGGGUUUUCCUCCCUCGAAACAUUUCUUAGAAGCAUACCAGAUACUUGCAGGUUGACUUUUGAGUUUGGAGAUUGGUUUGCCCACAUGGUUCGGACCAAUGAAACUGCUUAUAUGGUGGAUAUGCAGGUGAAGACUCCAUGUAAGAGUAAAACUAAAAAGAAAAAAGUACAAUUCAAUUCCAGUAGCAACAAUAACAGCAACAGUCGAGCUUCAGUAUUAAAUCCAAGUUUAGCAUAUGGAGUUCAACCCAGCAUUUCUGACAAAUCUGCAUCAGUCUCUAAACCUGCACUAGUCCCUAAACCUGCACCAGUCCCUAAACCUGCACCAGUCUCUAAACCUGCACCAGUCCCUAAACCUACACCAGUCUCUAAACCUGCACCAGUCCCUAAACCUGCACCAGUCCCUAAACCUACACCAGUCUCUAAACCUGCACCAGUUCCUAAAUCUGCACCAGUCUCCAAACCAGCAUCACUGCACAAACCCAAACGUCAAGACACAAAAGGAAAAUCCAGGUAA